AUGAAAUUUGACAACAUACUUUCAGAGAUAAAUGGAUUUGGAAAAUUCCAAAUCAGGCUAAUCUUGAUUCAGAUCCUAUCUCGAAUUACUAUUCCAUGUCACUUCCUGCUGAAUAACUUCAUGGCAGCUGUUCCCACUCACCGGUGCGACAUCAGCACUUUGGAUGAUGGAGGCAUCUUCAGGAAUUUAACUCUGGAACAGAAACUGGCUGUUGCUAUUCCAGCAGAGCAGGAUGGGACUCUGAGCUCCUGUCAGAUGUUUUCACAGCCCCAGUAUCAGCAUCUGUCAGGGUCAAACAGCAGUGAGGAAACAUUUACUGUUCAAUGUCAGAAUGGAUGGUUGUACGACAACAGCACCUUUAAAUCUACUUUGGCAACAGAGUGGGAUCUUGUGUGCAGCAGAAAGGGGAUGAACAAGGCAACUGCCACUACUUUCUUCAUUGGUGUUAUGUUUGGAGCCCCUUUAUUUGGGUUUCUCAGUGACAGGUUUGGGCGACGGCCGCUUCUGCUGGUAUCUUAUUUAUCAUCCAUGACAUUUGCAGUGCUCAGUGCUUUCUCCACAUCGUAUUUAAUGUUUGUCAUCAUGAGAUUUUUCACAGGGAUGUCACUCGCAGGAAUAAGCAUCAUUUCCAUUGUUCUAAAUGUUGAAUGGUUCGGCAUCAAACAUAGGACCUUCUCAGGUAUAAUCAUUAGUCUGGACUGGACACUUGGGAACUGGAUUUUGGUUGGAAUUGCAUACUGUGUGAAUGAGUGGAGGAUGCUCAUUCUAGUAGUGACCUCACCCCUGAUACUGGCCCUCAUAGCUUGGAGGUGGCUUCCGGAGUCUGCAAGGUGGCUCGUGGCAAAGGGGAAAGCAGAUGCUGCUUAUCAUUACAUUAUGGAAUGUGCCAAGAUGAACAACAGAGCCAAAUGUAUGGCCACCAUCACACCAAGGACAUUACUGGAAUCUGCAGAAACUGAAACUGGAGAUAAAAAGUACACCGUUGUUGAUCUUUUCAGGACUCCACAAAUUAGGAAACUUGCGAUAUGCUCAGGGAUAGUAUGGUACGGAGUUGCAUUUACAUAUUACGGGAUAAGUCUAAAUAUCACUGGGUUUGGACUUAACCCAUACCUCACACAAUUCGUAUUUGCAUCCAUCGAAAUGCCAAUGAAGAUUGGUGUGUAUUUCUUCCUGGAGCAAGUUGGCAGAAGGCCUGGCGAGAUGGGGACCCUGCUGUUGACUGGGCUUUGUCUCUUCAUUAACAUAUUUGUUGCAAAGGAUAAGUGGGUCAUUCGUACUGUUGUGGCAGUCCUUGGAAAAGCCCUGUCAGAGGCCUCAUUCACAAUCAUGUUCCUCUUUACAACUGAACUCUAUCCUACAGUUGUACGACAGAAUGGUUUAGGUUAUACCUCGUUUGUAGCACGUCUGGGCGUGUCCAUAUCCCCUCUCAUCAUGCUAUUGGAGGAUGUGUGGCAUCUCCUCCCUUCAGUCAUUUACUGUGCAGUGGCAGUUGGGUCUGGUUUGGUGGCUUCACUCCUGCCUGAAACAUUAAACACUCGCCUGCCAGAGUUCAUCAAGGACAUUGAGAAACCAAGGGUGAAAUCAACAAGGAGGAAGGAGAUUCAAUAA